CCCCUUCAUCGCCAUCACCACUUAGUCUACUUGCCACCGCCAUGUAUGAUGGUCGUACCCUGAAGUACUCGCGGCCCGGUACUGUACCGCCCAUGCAAUCUGACUGAGGUCUUGGUGUUGUGUGGGUUGUGGGCACCAAUGCGGAAGAUCCUAGGAAAGGCCAAGGAUGCUCCUGAAACAGAACAAUGGUUGCUCCCGGAUCGAGGUGUCGAAUGGGGCUAGGUGAACCAUUUGGGAGUUUUCUCAGCUGCGCCUGCGUCCAAGUAACCCUUCUACGGUAUGCCUACUUCACCCUUGCUGCCCUACGAUAGCACGGCGGUGAGCGGCGGAAAAUCGUGUCCCAGGGAGCAUCUGUGAUACAAAGAAUGUCCCCAGUCACCACGCGUUCCCACUUUGGGUUUGGAUCAUGGGAAGACUUUCGUGGCUGUGGCGCAAAGUCGUUAUCCAAUACCGGGAUAACCCACAACUUUCCAUUGCGGGGCGAAGGGAAACAUAUCCGCUUGAGCCUCAUGGGAGAGGGAGAGGGAGAGAGAAAGAGAGAGCGUGCACUUCCCUUGGGUUGCUGAGACGAGCUGAAUGGGGGCAUCCAUUUCAUAGUUCCACAGGCGUGGGCUUGGAUGCCAUGCAUACGUAUGCAAGCCACCGAACAAAAUCCUUGAGGUUUGAAUAUCAAGCGAUGCGUUUCUCCUCCAUCUCUCCUCCUUCUCGCAUGCAAUACUACAUAUUCAAUACAGCCCGCUAGUCCACAAUCCAGAUCGCCAUCUGGAGACACACCUUGGGCUUGCCUUCCUCAUACACGUUUGGCUUCCCCUCUCGUGCAACAAAAACGAAGUUGGAGGUAACUCCUCCAAUAGCAAUCAUACCGGGUAUUCCAAAGAGUUGGAGUUGGCAAAUCCGAGAGGAUUGGAUUCCCUGAGAUUCGAAUAUAGCAAAUUGGGGUAGUCGCUCUUUCCACCAACUCCAAAAAUGCAAACCAUAACCUCCAGUUUGGCUCUCCUAUCGCUAUCUCUGCCGAUUGCCUUGUCAACCAUUCCUUCUUCACAUAGAAGGAUAAUCCCGUUCUAUAUUUCGGAGGGCUCUGGAGAUAUGCCCUGCUACAGCUUUAGCCCCGAACAACUUGAAAGAUUCAUGGCUGCUACCGGUUUCGGGUCGUUGGCCCUGCUUCUCACCGUCGUGUUGGGGCCCUUGGUCGUCCGCAAUCUUUUACGCCAGAGACAACGCCUUUCAGCACCAAGAGAACCCAGCUCAAUUGUGGUUAUACCCCUGUUACAGGAGAAGAAAUCGUUGGCAUUUGGAGAGAAUCCGGACUAUCACAAUAUCGGGUUUCGUUACCGGCCCCCUGGCAAGAUGCCCCCGCAAAGUCAGUGCGCUAGCUCACAGCUUUCAGCUGCCGACGAACUGCCGCCCUGUGCAUGUUGCCCUGCAGAGACGAACCCUAGUACAGAAACCGUGGGGUCCAGAAAUUCCCGGGCGCCUCGGAGAUCGCCCUUCAAACCGAUCUUACCGGGUAUGAAAACGAUGAUUGAGGAAGGGGUAGAUCCUGUGACUGGACAUCGAUGGAGGCGGAAGGUUGUAGUUUACACCGGGGGGUUUGGAGAUUCAUUGGGCGGGGCAAGUGCCACAACAGAUAAGCAGGAGGAGAAGAAGAAAGCACCAGCAGUGGGGGUUUAGGGGGUAUUUGUUUAGAUUGAUUUCCUAGGUUCUCAAUUGUGAACUAUAAAAUUGGAGGAGGCAGGGAUACUGUGUUGCCCAACGAAUUUUCAUUUUCUAUCUGGAGAUGGACUUUUGUUUAAAGUAUCUUUUUCUUUUCUUUCUAGUGCAGUAUAUACGAGUACCCAGAAACAAUGUACAGUGCCAAUAAUAUAAUAUUUUUCUCAUUUAA